AUAAAUACUAUCACAUCUUCAAUCCUUCUAAUUUUCUUUCUACUGACAUUUCCUAUUAUAUUAUCAAUAACAAACUUAAUCAAAUCAAUUAAUUUCCCAAAUUACGUAACCCUGUCAAUCAAAUACGCUUUCCUAUUAAGCCUAGUACCACUAACUACAUUCUUCUCAUCCAACACCGAUAUACUAAUCACCAACUGACACUGAAUAACAAUUAACACUAUAAAAUUAUCUGUCAGCCUAAAAUUUGACUUCUUUUGUAUUAUCUUCCUAUCAGUAGCAUUAUUUGUGACUUGAUCAAUUAUAGAAUUCUCAUCCUGAUAUAUACACUCAGACCCCCACCUAAAUCGAUUCAUUAAAUAUCUACUCAUAUUCCUUAUUACAAUAAUUAUUUUAACCUCAGCCAAUAAUCUAUUCCAACUAUUUAUCGGAUGGGAGGGAGUAGGUAUUAUAUCAUUCCUUUUAAUCGGCUGAUGAUACGGUCGAACAGAUGCAAACACUGCAGCUCUACAAGCUAUCUUAUACAACCGCAUUGGAGACAUUGGAUUUAUCCUAACAAUAGCCUGAUUCUGCUUACACUCCAACUCCUGAGAACUACAACAAAUCUUCAUAACCAAUGACCCAACAAACAUCGCCCCCCUUAUAGGACUCCUAAUCGCAGCCACAGGAAAAUCAGCCCAAUUCGGACUACACCCAUGACUACCUUCAGCUAUGGAAGGUCCAACACCAGUAUCAGCCCUACUUCAUUCUAGCACAAUAGUAGUAGCAGGAAUUUUUCUCAUAGUACGCUUCCACCCAAUCACAUCAAACAACAACCUUAUUUUAACUAUAAUAUUAUGCCUAGGAUCAAUCACAACCCUAUUUACAGCUAUUUGCGCACUAACACAAAAUGAUAUUAAAAAAAUCGUAGCAUUUUCCACAUCAAGUCAACUAGGACUAAUAAUAGUAACACUCGGGAUCAAUCAACCAUAUCUAGCUUUCCUUCACAUCUGCACCCAUGCAUUCUUUAAAGCAAUACUAUUUAUAUGCUCUGGAUCGAUUAUUCACAGCCUAAACGACGAACAAGAUAUUCGAAAAAUAGGAAACCUGACUAAACCCAUACCAUUUACUUCCUCAUGCCUAAUAAUUGGCAGCCUAGCCCUGACAGGGAUACCCUUCCUAACAGGCUUCUACUCAAAAGACCUAAUCAUCGAAGCCGCAAACACGUGCUAUACCAACGCCUGAGCCCUACUAAUCACACUUAUUGCCACCUCUUUAACAGCCGUCUAUAGUAUACGAAUUAUUUAUUUUGUCUCUAUGACUAAACCACGAUUCCCGCCAAUAAUUAUUAUUAAUGAAAACAACCCUAAACUAAUAAAUCCGAUUAAACGAUUGGCAUUAGGAAGUAUCCUAGCAGGAUUCUUUAUUUCACAAAAUAUUCCACCUACUACUACUCAAAUCAUAACUAUGCCAUGAUACCUAAAAACCACAGCUAUAAUUGUAACAAUCUCAGGAUUUAUUAUCGCAUUAGAACUUAACAAUCUAACUUCAAACCUAGUAAUAAAUAAGCCAACACCAUCAUCAUCAUUCUCAACAUCACUUGGGUAUUACCCUUUAAUCAUACACCGACUCCUACCACUAAAAAUAUUAACAAAAAGCUUCAACACAUCACUACAAUUAUUAGACUUAGUCUGACUAGAAAAAACUAUCCCCAAUACCACCUCUACCUUACAAACAACAGCCUCAAAAAACCUAGCUAACCAAAAAGGUCUUAUUAAAUUAUAUUUCCUAUCAUUUCUAAUUACAUUUUUAUCUAUUCCCAUCCUAUUUAUUACCUAA